CAGGAACCUGAGACCGCACAUAUAUAGAUCCGCCCCAAUUGUUUUAAUCUCGACUGGGUCACUCAAACGUGUAGUUGCCUCCUCUCGACGGAAGACUGCCCUAGAGAUCUACAUCUUACUGGCUCACAUCACAGACUCAAGCGGAAAAGCGAAGAAAAAUGCCAAUGAGAUGUCUUGUGAUUGAGAACCCUUUCCGGGGAACGUGGGGCGAGAGUUUCCGCACCCAUAAUAAUGUGUUUCAUAUCUUCGAGUAAGGCUCGGUCUCUCGACUGUCUCUGACAUCCAGCAAUUACGAAAGAUGCGUCAUUGAUUGUAUAGGAGAACGAGGAAGGCACGCGAGGCAGGUGUUUGAGUGAAUAGUCGUAGUGAUAUUUACAUUUCACAGAAGAAAAUCCAAUAACACAUCGUGGCUAAUACCGCGGACGGGAGUGGGAAGAAAACUAGAUAGCAAGACAUGCAGCCAGCUACAGCGAAGUGGUAUGACAGAAGGGACUCUGUUUUCAUUGAGUUCCUGGUAGAAGACAGCAAAGAUGUACAAGUGAAGUUUGAAACAUCAAAACUUGAUUUCUGCUGUGUUGGCGGUAUUGAAAACCUCAAACACCAAAAUGAAUUGGAGCUGUUUGACUCAAUUAACCCUCAAGAGUCCAAGUACAGACGCACAGACCGGUCUGUGUUGUGCUGUCUAAAGAAAGCUAAGGCAGGUGUAGCAUGGCCACGAUUAACAAAGGACAAGGCAAAGUUCCAGUGGCUCGGUGUGGACUUCAACAACUGGAAAGACUGGGAAGAUGAUUCGGAUGAGGACCUUUCCAGUUUCGAUAAGUUUUCAGAGAUGAUGAACACGAUGGGGGGAGAGGACGGCAUGCCAGAUCUGGGCAUGGGUGGCAUGGAAGGUCUAGAAGAGCACGACAGUGACGAUGAAAAAAUGCCAGACUUGGAGUAAUGGAAACGUGUACAAGGCCCACAAAACGGAAAGUAAAGCCCCAAAGGUCUGUUGAAGUGAAAGACCGGAGACGAGUUGAGCUGGUAGCCACAUUUGCAAGGAGGAAAACAUCCCCGGUUGGAAACGCGCCACAGGAACCUCCCUGAGAUGAGACGGUGUCCGUCUCCACCGCCACAUGGUGGAGCGUCUUUCCAGCCGCUGUCUUAGUGCUGUGCUUUGCUGUUCUAAUUCUGCAUGGACAAUUCAGUUGUUUCCAUGAUGUGUUCACGUGAGGUUCAGUUGUAUCCGCCUUUAACUUUACAACCCGAGGGGGCGCCUUCAGCACGGCACAACGUUAUGGAACCAUGCAGAACUUACACACAUCUGUGACGUACAUUUUUGGGAUGGUGUGGGCUCUAUUCAUUUUUUUUUUUAAAUUUUUCCUGCAACGUUUGACGAUGUUUGCCUGCUGAAUGUGGCUCUGCUGUGAUUGGAUGUGAUGUCUUAAAGUUACACCCACCUCUCCGUCUUUUUAUUUUGUUGACAAUAAUGAGGUUACACAUCGAAUAUAGACAUUUUAAAAUUCUAAACAAAGUAAAAAAAAAAAACAGGUUUAAACCAACCGCCUAUUUUAAAGUGUUUCCUUUUUUUUAAUGAAAUGUCCCCUUUUAUGGUUUGUGUACAUUUUGUUUUAUUUGUUAAUUUAUAGAAACACGUUUAAUCUUGAUGUAAAUAUUUUCCCGUUGUACAAUGUUAACAUCUGCAAAUAUCACCAGAAAUAGUUAAUCCAUUCAUUUUAAAUGAAGUAUUUAAAAUAAAUACAUAUGCAUGUUAAACAUAUUUUACAAUAUAACAUAAAAUCUAAGUUGGAUUAGGACAAAAUUUCCAUCCAAUCCCAUUUUUAUAAGAACGCUUUUGAUUUAUAAGGUAAGUCAGUGUUCAUGCAGGACACCUGAGGCCGGUUUUGCAGACUUCAGUUAAACCUAGUCCUGGAUGAAAAAAGGGCUAGGCUUAAUGUGUCCAUGAAACCACCCACUCUGUUAACUGAAUUGUUUGAAGGCUGUGUUGGUGGCACGUUCCUUUGUAUCAUACAAAAGUGUAGCAGCAGAUAACAUAAUUUUUUUUCUUCAUAUUUGAAUGGGUGCAGAAACAUAAUAAAAUAAAUGACCAAAUUUCAUUUUCACCCACAACACAAGAUAUUAUUCACUGGAUACACUAGCUAUUAUGUUUCACCAACCUGUUUUGCAUCUCAGGUUGAGGAGAUUUCUGUUUGUUAAAUGCAGUGGGAAUUUGUCUACAUAUUUCUAAAUAAACUAAGACUACGUUGAUGUUG